GUCACGUGUGCUACUCGCGUGGUCUCUUUUCACGCUUGAAUUUCGACAAUUUAGCGAUAAUCAUGAAAAUUAAAUCAAAAAAACUAAAUAAAAAUUACCGCACUAAAACCGACGAUGAUAAAGAUGAAAUCGAAUUGCUUAAAACCGAAAUCAAUCAAUUUGAUUGGUCUCGAUUUGAACGAUUCGAAGAUCUGCCUGUUUCAAUGACAACUAAACGUGGACUAGCAAAAAACAACUAUAUUACACCAACCGACAUUCAACGACAAUCUAUUGGUUAUGCUCUCACCGGUAAUGAUGUACUUGGAGCGGCUAAGACUGGUUCGGGUAAAACGUUAGCAUUCCUAAUCCCAAUGCUCGAACUUUUAUAUCGAAAUAAAUGGACAGCGUUCGAUGGUGUUGGUGCAUUGAUCAUUUCGCCAACACGGGAAUUAAGCUAUCAAACAUUUGAGGUAUUGAAAAAAAUUGGGUCCGAACAUGAUUUUUCUGCUGGGUUAAUUAUUGGCGGUAAAGAUUUGAAAUUCGAAAGUAAACGUAUGGAUCGAUGUAAUAUAAUUAUUUGUACACCUGGUCGUUUACUUCAACAUAUGGACGAGAAUCCUCUUUUUAAUUGUGACAAUUUGAAAAUUUUAAUUCUCGACGAAGCGGAUCGAAUUUUAGAUCUUGGAUUUGCUAAAACAAUGAAUGCAAUUAUAUCUAAUUUACCAAAACAACGACAAACUUUAUUAUUUUCGGCAACACAAACCAAAUCGAUCAAAGAUCUUGCCAGGUUAAGCCUUAAAGAUCCAGUUUAUGUUUCUUCGCAUGAACAUGAAAAAAAUGCUACACCGGAUAGCCUGAUUCAAAGUUAUAUUGUUUGUCCGAUUGAGGAUAAAAUCAACAUGUUAUGGUCGUUUCUUCGACAACACACCAGACACAAAAUCAUCGUAUUUAUAUCCACUUGUAAACAAGCAAAAUUUAUCUAUGAAUUAUUCUGUCAACUUCGACCGGGGAUUCCAUUGCUUGCACUUUAUGGUACCUUACAUCAGAUGAAACGAAUGGCAAUCUAUGACAAGUUUUGUGAAUCAUCGAGAAUUGUUUUAUUCGCAACGGAUAUCGCUGCACGUGGUUUAGAUUUUCCUGCCGUUAAUUGGGUAGUUCAGUUAGACUGUCCCGAAGAUACAAACACCUAUAUACAUAGAGUUGGUCGUACAGCUCGUUUUGAACGAAAUGGAGAAUCAUUAUUAGUGUUGGCACCAAGUGAAGAACAAUCUAUGGUUGAACAAUUGAAACAGAAAAAAGUACCAUUAGAAAAAAUCCAAGUAAAUCCUCAGAAAUUGUCAUCGAUUCAGAGAAAAGCCGAAGCAUUAUUAGCCAAACAUGUAUCUUUGAAAGAAUCAGCUCAACGUGCAUUUAAAGCCUAUUUAAAAUCAGUGUUCAUGAUGAAAGACAAAAAUGUAUUUCAAUACGAAAUGCUUGAUGUCGAACGAUAUGCCCGAUCGUUUGGCUUGUUAACAGCGCCUCGUGUUCGUUUCAUCGAACGUAAAAUGAGUGCUCGUUUGAAGAAUCAACCCUCAGUAAAAAAUAUCGAAAUCGAACCAACGAAUCAUGCGAUAGCCAUGAGCGAACAGAAUGAUGACGGUGACAGUGAUUUUGAUGAUUUGUAUCAAGUGAAAACAUACGAAUUUCAAGAUCAAAAUACUGAUGUUGCCCACACAGAAAUAGAUAAUUUAAGAAGAAAAAAGAUGCUUACGAAAGCUGCUAUUUCAAAAAGAUUGUUAAAGAAAAAUAUUCCGUUAAAUUCAAAGAUAAAAUUUGAUGAUGAAUGCAAUGCUAUACAGGAAGGUAAACUACGAAAACAAACAACAGAAUUAACGAAAAAAUUGGAUGAAAUGGAAACUGGUAUCGAUAUCGAAUUGGCUAAACAAAUCAUGAAAGAAGAAGAUAUUAUUGAUAAAAAACUGUAUCGAGAUUUGAUUAGAGAAAAGCAUUUGGCUAAAAAAUUGAAAAUGAAAGAAAUGCGAAAAAGAAAGAAUUCAAUAAAAUCAGAUGAUGAUGAUGAUGAUGAUAAUGAUGAGGAGGAAGAAUAUCUUGACAACGAAGACGUAUACGAUGAGGAUGAUGAUGAGGAUCAAAUUGUCACUCAGCAAUAUAUUGAUGCUUUGCCCGAUCCAGAUAAAGUAUUUGGUAGCAAAGAUUCCAAGACCUACGAUUCAGACAAUCAUUCUGAAAACAACGAAAGUAGUGAACUGCAAGUACAAACAACGAAGCGGAAAAAAUUCCGUAAACCAAAAUCAUCAAAGAAACAGAAAUUUAAUAUAUCAAACAAUAGUGAAAAUUUAGAAUAUUUUGAACAAAUGGCCCAACAAUUAUUAAAUGUUUGAUUUUAUUCAUUA